UCCAUGUCUAACUCUUAUCGGCUUAAUCCGAAAGCGUGAAACCAAGAAUCAGAUUUCUACUAUUUUCUUCCCACCAGACACAUUCUCCUCAACAGUGUGCUAUAAGCUUUAUCCAUUUAGGAUAUGUGUUAACGGGUAGUCUAUGUACCCACAGGAUGUCUUUGAUUAUAUCAUAUGCAAUGGAUUUCUUAGGGGCUAUGUCAACUGGGGAUUGCAUGGUGAGGGUGUUGGAUCAUCAACACUUGAGAUUGAAAUUAACAUACAAGAUGAGGGCUUUCUUCAUGACAUACAUGGUUUGUUGAGUGAUGCAUUUGGUAUGCAUGCUACAAACACUAAUAUUAAUGGUGGCAUGAAUGUUGAUCUGGAUGGAACAUGCACUGAAACAAGAGAUGACCAUGGACAAUAUAGUCAAUUUGAAAGCAGUGAUUCAGAUAUGUUUUUUAAAUUGCUUAAGGAAGAUGAGCAAGAAUUGUAUCCUAAUUAAAUUUCUGCUAAUCCACGUAAUGUUCGCUUCGGGUUAGCUUCAGAUGGUUUUAAUCCAUUUGGGAUGAUGAUAGUAUCUCACAGCACAUGGCCUGUUAUGUUGAUACCAUACAAUUUGCCCCCAUGGUUGAGCAUGAAGCAACCCAAUUUCAUCCUCACAUUGUUGAUUUCUGGUCCUAAAAGCCCAAGUAAUAAGAUUGAUGUAUACUUGCAGCCUUUAAGGGAAGAAUUAAAAGAAUUGUGGGACGAAGGAUUGAAAACUUAUGAUGUCUCUGUUAAUCAAAGUUUCCUAAUGCGAGCAGUGGUAUUGUGGACUAUUAGUGACCUUCCUGGGCUCUCUAGUUUCUUUGGGUAUAGUGCUAGAGGGAUGUAUGCUUGCCCCUAUUGUGGUUUUGAUACAGAAUCUUUAUGGUUGGUACACAGUAGAAAGUAUUGUUAUAUGGGUCAUGGACAAUGGUUAGAAGCUGAUCACAUUUAUCGUCAAGACGCGCAAUCAUUUGAUGGAACUUGCGAAACUCGUCCAGCACCUAUGAGGCUAACGGGGUCUGAAGUGUGAAGGCAAUUAGAAUGCAUAGAAGAUGAAUACAACAAUGGCAGCAUGCAACCUUGGAAAAGAAAGAGCAUCUUCUUUCAACUGCCUUAUUGGGAACAUCUUUUAUUGCGUCAUAAUAUUGAUGU